AUGCUCUCAGGCCUGGGCCAGGCCGGCGCACUCCAGAGGUCUAACCUGCAGCCGUGCGAACUGCAGCCACUUGAACAGACAGGCCUCUACACCGGUUCCACGAAGCACAGCAGGCACUCGUGCAUCUGGGCCUCUCACCGCACAGAGGCCCAGAGACAGACUCUGGCUUCUCCUCUGCCCGCUAAGUGCGGGAGAAGGGGCGAGGGCGACUCCCCUGCUCUUGCCCGCCGCGGAGUCGCCCUCAGCCCCUCCUGGGGCCGAAACCCCUUCCCCGCAGCCUUGCGGGGACCCCCAGCCCAGAGCGCUGGCAAGGCGGCCCGGGAGGCAGUGGCGACAACAAGUGGCCGGAUUGGGCGGCUUGGUCUCGAUAGCGGAGGCUGGAAGCGAAAGGCGGAGGGGCUGGGACUCGGACACCCCCAGGCCCUCAGCUCCGGGGUACCUCCUGGCCCCCAUGUGGACGGAGUGCUCCGGACUCAAGGGAGCUUGGCCCCCUGGGAUCUGUUUGUUAUUGGGGGAGGGGCUGCCACCGCCUGGGGACUGGCCAUGUCUGGGCCACGAGCCACCUGCUUCUCACCAAGUCCCCCGCAAGCCUCCAGACGCCGGAGGGCCAAGGAGAAGGGUCUGUUCGCUGUGGGCAGGCGGGUGGCUGGGUGCCGCUCUCCUGACCGGCUCCUUCCUCGUCCCCGGAGCCCUGGUUCCUGCUCAGCUGGGUGGAAGCCGGCUGUCCAGGGCCUGGGCUACUACCAGCAUGGCCCUGGCACCCUCACUCCAGCCCUCCCUGGGUCCCUCGUCUCCCGAUCUCCCAGCCCUGGGCUUCAGGCCAUGAAGAAGAGGGGAAGCUUCAGUGAGACCAGGGUACCCCAAGAGCCCUCCUCCCAGGAGACCAAGCCUCUGCAGGCCCCAGGCACCCCUGUGGACCUUGACUUCCAUGUCUGGGUGGAAAGGGUAGCCAGCCCUGGCGUAGAUCCCCCAAGAGGACCCUGCUCUCUCUGCCUCCCCAAUGCCCCAUUAACGUUCCUGCCCCAGGGCAAUGUGGAGAUCCGCGAGGCCUUCAAAGUGUUUGACCGAGACGGCAACGGUUUCAUCUCCAAGCAGGAGCUGGGCACGGCAAUGCGCUCCCUGGGCUACAUGCCCAACGAGGUGGAGCUGGAAGUGAUCAUCCAGAGGCUGGACAUGGAUGGUGACGGCCAAGUGGACUUUGAGGAGUUUGUAACCCUCCUGGGACCCAAGCUCUCCACCUCGGGGAUCCCGGAGAAGUUCCACGGCACUGACUUUGACACGGUUUUCUGGAAGUGCGACAUGCAGAAGCUGACGGUGGAUGAGCUGAAGCGCCUGCUCUAUGACACCUUCUGUGAGCACCUGUCCAUGAAGGACAUCGAGAACAUCAUCAUGACGGAGGAGGAGAGCCACCUGGGCACGGCUGAGGAGUGCCCCGUGGAUGUGGAGACCUGCUCCAACCAGCAGAUCCGCCAGACGUGCGUGCGCAAAAGUCUCAUCUGCGCCUUCGCCAUUGCCUUCAUCAUCAGCGUCAUGCUGAUCGCGGCCAACCAGGUGCUGCGCAGCGGCAUGAAAUAG